ACUGUCUACCGGAAAUGAAAAGCUGUAGAAGAAGAACGUAGCCCUCUCCCGCAAAUGUGCUAACUUACGCGGAAGCAGCAGAGUGUGCUAACUGGUUGCAUUAAUUCUACAAACAGGCACAUUUACCUGCUCUAAAAGGAGGGCCAAAGAAGUCAAAGAGCUGUGUCAGACCUGAAAGGUACAUCUGGACCUUCAGCUGAUCCAUCUACUGUUCACUGAAGGUUCAACAGAAAUGUUCUCAGUGGAAGGAUGGCUGUCAAGAAGCCAUUCUUAUACAGGGGAAAAUGGGGAGAAAGAGGUUGAGGUAUGUCAGAUUACACAAGAACUGGAUUAAAAAUCAGUAGCAACAGGUCUUCUGGAGCGAGGAAUCCAAAUUUGAAGUUUUUGGUUCAAAGGAGGAGGUCCCAAUACAAGAACAGUGAGUGUCUGUAGCCAUCUGUAAAAUAUAGUGGAGGCUCUGUCAUGGUUUGCAGCUGUAUUUCAGCCGGUGGUGUUGGAGAUCUUUUAAAAAAUUGUGAAAUGAUGAACACAGAAAAUGCCGUAAAAUCAGAAAAAAGCUGAUUGGCAGUGGUUUCAUUUUUGAGCAUGACACUGAUGACAAACACACUGCCAAUGCAGUAAAACAUACCUGGACAGAAAAGCACAGUGGCCUCUCCAGAGCCUGGACUUCAACAUUAUUGAAGAAGUAUGGGAUCAUCUUCACAGAGAAUGGAAUAAAUAGCAGCCAACAUCCAAAGAAGAGCUUUGAAUGUCCUUCAAGAAGCCUAGAGAACUAUUCCUGAAGACUGCUUUAAGAAAAUACAAGAAAACAUGCCUCAGAGAGUUCAUGCUGUGUUCAAGAAUAAAGUUGGUCAUAUCAAAUAUUCACUUUCAAGGUCAUUAGAAUUCUACAGACAUUUUUGCCUUGUAUACAGUUUUUAAAUUAUCAUUUAGGUUUGCACAUAUUUUCUAUUUUCCAAGCAAAAAUAUAAAGACAUUUUUAAAAGGUUUUGCAAAAUUUUAGUACACACAGAAUUACAUGCUAUCUUAAUUCACAUAAAAAGGAAUUCAUCAGUUGUAAUUAGUGGAACAGCUGUCACAUAGGAGUUACAGCAGGUCAUCCACCAGUUGGAAGGUUGGUGGUUUGAUCCUUGACUCCUCCAGUCAGCAUGUUGAUGUCCUUAGACGAGUAACCAAACCCUAGGUUACCCCCAGUGUAUCUACUGGACUGUGAGUCUGUUUUUGUUAAAACAAAAAGGUUAAAGGCAUAGAAAAGAUUGUUUUUGCCAUAAAAACAGUAGAAAAACAUGUAAGUACCAGUUCAUUUACACAGCCAUGUUAUUGUUGUUAGCGCCUUUUUAUUUUUCCCCCACAGUAGGCUUGCAUAAUCUCAGUUUGAAGAGAACAGAUCUGUAAUCAUUGAGAUGGUUGGACAUUCAUUACACUGUGUUUUAAAGUUUUCAGGCUUGGAUCCGAAGUCCUGUGCCAUUUUUCUUUUCUUGAGCCCAUCAUUUACUACUAUCACGGCUUCAUCCCUUCUUUAAAGCUCUAUUCUUGUGUAAAUUAAGGAAUUGUCUGCGGAUGGACUAAGUUUUGGAUUGGGACUAGGAAUAGGAUUAAGGACCACUUCCACAGCUAUUUGUGAAAGCAAGAAGUGAUCUCUAAAAGUCUGCAGGUGCCCCCCCUUCUUUUGUGUCAGCAGUGUCACCUACUCAGCCAACAUGUCUGAUGGCCGGAUCUAUGUCGGGAAUCUUCCCAUGGAUGUCCAGGAGAGAGACAUUGAGGAUCUCUUCUACAAAUAUGGAAAAAUUCGUGAAAUAGAAUUGAAGAACAAUAGAGGCACUAUCCCUUUUGCCUUCGUCCGAUUUGAAGACCCACGGGAUGCAGAUGAUGCGGUCUAUGGAAGGAAUGGAUAUGGAUAUGGGGACUCCAAGCUGCGUGUGGAGUAUCCUCGUUCUAAACCUGGCCCAAUGGGAGGUGGUGGAGGAGCACCUAGAGGAAGGUUUGGACCCCCAACUCGAAGAUCUGAAUUCCGGGUCAUAGUGUCUGGACUGCCACCAUCUGGAAGCUGGCAGGAUUUGAAGGAUCACAUGCGGGAAGCAGGAGAUGUCUGUUUUGCAGAUGUGCAGCGUGACGGAGAGGGCGUAGUGGAAUUUCUCCGUAGAGAGGACAUGGAGUAUGCACUGCGUAGAUUGGAUGGGACGGAGUUCCGUUCACAUCAGGGGGAGACUGCUUACAUCCGUGUGUAUGAGGAAAGAGGUACUCCCAACUGGGAUCGAUCACGAUCCCGUUCCAGAUCCAGAGGUCGCUAUUCUCCUUACUAUAACAGAAGAUCUCCCCCUGCGCGCUACCAGUCGCCCCCACGCCAUGCUAUGUCACGGCAUAGCCCACCUCCGAGAAGACACCUUCCACCACAUCACAGCCCACCACCACGUCAUUAUCGGUAGAAAGUCGCAUCAUUUUAAGGAAUUGGAUGAUUUUUUUUUGGGGGGGGGGGGGUUGUUUUUGUAAUUUUACAUUUGAUUUUUUUGUUUUUUGUUUUUUUAAAAACCUCAGGCCUCCUCAUAGGACACACCAUUUUUAUUUCUUGAUUAAAAACAUUCCAUGGUCAGGAACCCGUGAACAACCUGCUCCUCCCCACAGUCUUGUUUUUUUGGGGAGUUUUUUUUGUUUGUUAAACACCCAUACGUUAUCUGGAAACAGAAUUAUGUGUUAACUUUUUGUGAGAUAACCAUUUGACCAUUAUGUAACAUAUUGGAGGUUUCUUUUAUAAAGAAAUUCGGGAGUGUGAUGUCAAACAUUUAAAACAAAGUACACAUUUCUGCAGUCCUGCUUCUUGAAUUGACGUAAUUUUAUUUUUCAUGUGUCACAUCUUGGUAGCUUUAAGUAUGAAAGGGUGCGUUUUCUGUUUGGCCAAACCAAGAACCCAUAAAACUAAUCAGUAUAGUAAAAUUAGUGAACCCUUUUAGUGUAACACGUUGACUGUGAGACUUAAUUGUCCUUCGUUUUUUGGGGUUUUUCUUUGUGCGUGUAGGCCGCUGAUCGAGGUGGUCUAAAUGUAGUUUAUAAUUUUUAUGCAUCUCUAUCGUUGUUUUUUUUUUGUUGUUUUUUUUCUUUACCAAUAAAAUGCAAACUUUUACUGUGA